AAGAUGUCGCUUGAGUGGCUGGUGUCCUGGAACUGGUCGCUGGAUGGCCUGAGGGAUUGCAUCGCCACAGGCAUCCAAUCGGUGCGGGACUGUGAUACCACGGCGGCAGUCACCGUGGCCUGCCUGCUGGUGCUGUUCGUGUGGUACUGCUACCACGUGGGCAGGGAGCAGCCACGGCCCUAUGCGUCGGUCAACUCCCUCAUGCAGAGCGCCGAGGUCAAUGGGCUACAGAAUGGCUUUGUGUCCUGCCAGUCUCCGGAGUGCGUACGCUGCACCCACCACGAGGGGCUCAACCAGAAACUCUACCAUAACCUGCAGGAGUACGCAAAACGGUACUCAUGGUCGGGCAUGGGCCGUAUCCACAAGGGCAUCCGCGAGCAGGGCCGCUACCUCAACAGCCGACCCUCCAUCCAGAAGCCCGAGAUCUUCUUCCUACCCGACCUCCCUACCACGCCCUACUUCUCCCGGGAUGCUCAGAAGCAUGACGUGGAGCUGUUGGAACGCAACUUCCAGACCAUCCUGUGCGAGUUUGAGACCCUCUACAAGGCCUUUUCGAACUGCAGCCUCCCCCAGGGCUGGAAAAUGAACAGCACCCCAAGCGGGGAGUGGUUCACCUUUUACCUGGUCAACCAGGGGGUGUGCGUGCCCCGGAACUGCAGAAAGUGCCCACGGACGUUCCGCUUGCUUGGCAGCCUUCGGACCUGUAUUGGAAACAAUGUUUUUGGGAAUGCGUGCAUCUCCGUGCUGAGCCCCGGGACGGUGAUCACGGAGCACUACGGGCCCACCAACAUCCGCAUCCGAUGCCACCUAGGUUUGAAAACCCCCAGUGGCUGUGAGCUGGUGGUAGGGGGCGAGCCGCAGUGCUGGGCAGAGGGACGCUGCCUACUCUUCGAUGAUUCCUUCCUGCACACAGCGUUUCACGAAGGCUCAGCAGAGGACGGCCCCCGGGUGGUGUUCAUGGUGGAUCUGUGGCAUCCCAACGUGGCGGCGGCCGAGCGGCAGGCCCUUGAUUUCAUCUUCGCACCAGGACGAUGA